GUUCAAAAUGGAAGUACGGCUCGAAUCAUCUACAUUGUGCGUGAUCCACGUGAUACCGUUGUUUCCUUCUACCAUUUCGUUCGCUGUUUUGCGCCUGUAGGAUACAAAGACACGGAAAAAGUUGCGGGCUUUGCUAAUCGAUUUCUUGAAGAUCGUCUGCUCUACAGUCCUUGGGAUGAACAUGUGAAAAGUUAUCUCCGUCCAGCAGCCGAUUGGGCAUUACAAGAGUCCAAGGAAGAAGACUUUACAUUCCGACCGAAAGUGUUGCUUAUUCGAUAUGAAGCGUUGAAAGAAAAUCCAAUCGCUGUCGUGCGUAAAAUCGAAUCAUUCAUCUUGGAUACUUGGGUCGCCGGUGAUGGCAAGAAUGCGAAACCGGCUCGGCUGACUAACGAACAAAUGCAGGCUUUGGUGAAACACUGCUCGUUUUCGGAAAUGUCGAAAAAUCCGAUGACAAAUUACGAUUGGUUCAAACAGAAUGGUCUGUGGUCGUGCAAAGAACAAUCCACAUCGUUUCUACGUCGCGGAAUAGUGGGAGACCACAAAUCAAUACUUACGAACGAGCAGGCUGAAUUGAUUGCAUCGAAAGCCAAACAGUCUGGUCUGGAAUGGACAUUACGUGAACAUGCAUAG